GUGAUGCAGUGACUCCGUGACGUCUCCGGGAAAGAUGGCCGCCUCCGUUGGAACAACGCUGCUCCUGUAAUCCAAUUUACUUUUAGCAGUGUGUGGAAUAUUCUGGUUAAAAAAAAGCAGUUUUUAUUUCGCUGUACAGUCAAACAGCAGCUGUGGCAGAGAUGAAGACCUUCUGUGGGAGAGCCAACCCGACCACCGGAGCUUUAGACUGGGUAGAGGAGAGUGAGGAGUACGACUACCACCAGGAGAUAGCCAGGUCCUGUUACGCUGAUAUGCUGCAUGAUCGUGACAGGAAUGAGAAGUACUACCAGGGGAUCCGGGCGGCUGUGGCCAGAGUACAGGCUCGUGGUGAGAAGGUGAUCGUCCUGGACAUCGGGACAGGAACAGGCCUGCUGUCCAUGAUGGCCGUCACUGCUGGUGCUGACUUCUGCUACGCUGUGGAGGUUUUUAAGCCCAUGGCUGAAGCAGCGCAGUGCAUCGUGGAGAAGAACGGCUUCUCUGACAAGAUCAAGAUUAUUAACAAACACUCUACUGAUGUCACUGUGGGGCCAGAUGGCGAUAUGCAAAUGAAGGCCAACGUCCUGAUAACAGAACUGUUUGACACAGAGCUGAUCGGUGAAGGAGCUCUGCCCAGCUAUGAACAUGCUCAUCAGUAUCUGGUCCAGGAAGGCUGCGAGGCGGUUCCUCAUCGGGCCACCGUGUACGCUCAGCUUGUGGAGUCGGAGCUGCUGUGGAGCUGGGCUCAGCUGCAGCCAGUGGAGGUGGAGGGGGCCCGUCUGGUCCCGCCGCCCGCUGUGGGCCGCUGUGCUGGAUCUCAUUCAGUGUGUGACAUCCAGCUGAGCCAGGUGUCUCCAAACAGCUUUACCCCACUGGGUCCUCUCUGCACCAUGUUCAGUGUGGAUUUCAGUAAACCGGUAAGCAGUGCCUUCCAGUCCCACUCCUCCCAGUUUGUGGCUCAGUCCGGCGGUCGAGCCCACGUGGUCCUGUCCUGGUGGGACCUCGACAUGGAUCCCAGCGGAAGCAUUGUGUGCACCAUGGCUCCCGGCUGGACAUACCCACAGCCAAAGACUGCUCCAUGGCGGGACCACUGGAUGCAGAGUGUGUACUUCCUGCCUGUGGAGAGCAGGGUGACAGAGGGAGAGGAGCUCAGUCUGACUGUCUGCCAUGACGACUACAGUCUGUGGUACAGCCUGCAGUCUCACAGCCAGCAGGACUCGCAGGCUAAAGCUCUUCCAUCUCGGCCAAGUUGUACCUGCCAGGCUCACCUGGUUUGGACCCGGCCUCGUUUUGGUGAACUCAAUGACAGGCAGCGUUCGGAGAGCUAUGUCAGUGCACUGCGCAGUGUUCUGAGAGAGGACAGCGUGUGUCUUGGCAUCAGUGAUGGAAGUCUGCUUCCUGUGAUUGCUCACAUGCUCGGAGCUAAGAAGGUCUUUGGUUUAGAAAACUCCAGAAUGUCCAAACAAGUUAUUGAGCAGGUGAUGGAUGCUAACUUGAUGAAAGGAGGUGUUGAGCUGCUGGAGAUGAGGCCUGACCAGCUGACCAGUAAUGACUUAGGAGGAGAACAGAUCUCAGUCCUGAUGGGUGAACCGUACUUCAGCACCAGCCUCUUACCCUGGCACUCUCUCUUCUUCUGGUACUGUCGGACUGCCCUGGCAGGCCUCCUGCAGCCCAGUGCCACCGUCCUGCCCUGCGCUGCCACUCUUCACAUGGUGGCUGUGGAGUUCCAGGAUUUGUGGAGGAUCAGGGCACCAUGUGGAACGUGUGAGGGCUUUGAUGUCACACCCAUGGAUGAAAUGGUCCAGAAAUCUCUGGAUUUCCGUGAGUCCCGUGAGGCAGAGCCCCACCCUCUGUGGGAGUACCCGUGCCGCGCUCUGACCCAGUCAACAGCCGUCAUGACCUUUGACUUCACACAGUGUGUCCCUCGGCAGCCAAUCAGCAGUCAGGGCUCUCUGCCCUUCAUAAGGAUUGGUCGUUGCCAUGGAGUUGCGUUGUGGAUGGAAUACCACCUAACCAGCGACAUCACUGUCAGUGCGGGUCUGAUUGGACCAAUCAGUGAGCAGGGUGACUGCGAGUGGAGUCGACACAGGAAGCAGGGAGUGUAUUUCUUCAGGUCGCCUUGGGAGAGCUCAGGUGAUGGCAGAGCUGCUGUGUCUUACAGCUUCACCUUUGAACCCAGUUUAGGAGACAUUAAGAUGGACUUCAGCAUCGAGUCUCAGUGAUGUGGAACAGUCCCUGACUGAAGAACGAACUCUUAAUACUUCUUGCUUUUUACCUCAUGUCACUGCAUUUUUGGCAUAUUUAACAUCUGUGGUUCAGCCAGUAUUAUGUGCCGUCUGCCUUUAUAUUAAUUCACUGACCAGAGUUUACUGUUCUUAGACUGAAGAAGAUGAAAAAUGUCCACUAAAUCCCAGAAUGUUAUUUAUGCUCAUACUGAGUAUAUAUAUAUAUAACUCAUAUGUAAGUAAAUAGUUCAUAUGAAGGGCUUCCUGUAAGCAGCUGGUGAAGUGUUUACCAUGUCUACAGUUAAACAAUAUUUUAAACAAUAUAUAUCAUUUCAAUAACACAGGGUGGCUGAUGGAUAUUCAGUCAGUUCAGUACAACUAGAAAUACUAAUUGGUAACAGAUUAGGGUCAUUAAAAAACUGGGAGAACUCAGGUCUGUGUGGCAGAGAUGACAGACAGCUUAUGUGACUUUCUGUGUCCCUGGAAAAGCCAAAUGUGUUGUUACAGAAAUGUUUAAUAAAGUUUUAUAUUGGUUGUCUUUA